AAAGUGGCUUUCUUUCUUUGCUACCGCAUCCAAUUAAACCCAAACUGGACACAAGAAAGGAGCGAGAUAGCGAGGAAAUUUGGUUCGUACUUCUUACCCGCAGACAGAGGAAGGAAGGGAAAUAGAUGGAAGCUGUGUGUGGAAGUGGAAGCAGUGUUUGGGUCACAUCCUCCCUUACACGCUCACCCAAGAUCACACUCCCUCUAUUCCGCGCCAGUUACCAGCACCUAACAGCAUUUCCUUCACAAUCCCUUCUUUUCUCCUAUCACCCUUCUCGCUAUGCUAAUGCUAGAACCCUCCAAGCCAGAACCUCCUCCAAACCCAUUUUCCUUCCCCACUUAAUUGCUUCUCUGGAACAAGUUGACCAGACUUACAUUAUGGUGAAGCCCGACGGCGUCCAACGUGGCCUCGUGGGAGAAAUUAUUUCUAGGUUUGAGAAGAAGGGGUUUAAGUUAACUGGCUUGAAGCUCUUCCAGUGCUCAAAGGAAUUGGCCGAGGAGCAUUACAAGGACCUAAAACAAAAGUCAUUUUUCCCUAAGCUGAUUGACUAUAUUACUUCAGGUCCUGUUGUGUGUAUGGCUUGGGAGGGUGUUGGAGUAGUGGCAUCGGCACGCAAGCUUAUAGGGGCUACAGAUCCUCUUCAAGCUGAACCAGGCACAAUAAGAGGAGACCUUGCUGUUCAAACAGGAAGGAAUGUUGUUCAUGGCAGUGACAGCCCUGAGAAUGGCAAGCGUGAAAUAGCUCUAUGGUUCAAGGAAGGCGAAGUAUGCGAUUGGACCCCAGUCCAAUCACCAUGGCUGAGAGAAUAAUAAACCACAGAUGCCCAAUUAGAAUGAUUCUUGCCGUUUCUAGGUUCAAUAACUGCAUUAAUCGAGUUUAAACAGUAACUCAAAUUUUGUAAAAUUUUGCUUUUUGACUCGGAUUCUCCAAGCCUAUUCCUGGCAUUACAUUUUCUGUUUCUAUCAGAUUUGAAUGGGUCAUGCGAUGUUUUGUUUUUUUUUUUA